UUGAGGUGGCAUCCACUAUGUAUUUGUUCUUGGUUCAUCAGCGAAGAAGGUAAUCCUCCCAUCGUGCCCACGUUCAAGCUCGCCCGAUUUUUGAAUUACUGUCUAGCGUACAAGUCUGUAGUCUCCAGAACGCAAACAAUGUCUCACGAGAUCCAUAGAUUCUAUGCGAUGACCUCGCUAACAAGACGAUCAGCUAUGAGCACUCGAUCCAACAAGUGCCGACCUGCAUGCCCUCAACGAGCAUACCCACGAUUGUCUAACUCGUCCCAAAUCCUUCCUCCAGAAAUCACUGAAGUAUGUAGAAGAUUCCAGAAGGCCCAAUAUUGUACAUUGCAUAAUGAGUCGACGUGGUCGUGAGCCAGUAAUCACAAGCGAUCAUCUUGUUUACACAGCAGUACACAGAGUCAAGGUUUUGAAUCUUUGCCAGUCAUGUACUCAAGAGCUUCCUCACUGUUCUAACACUCUGGGCACCUUUUAUGUCCUUGGCUCCUGUGAGCUUCCAUGC